UCUCGUCGCCCUCUCAAAGGGAAAACGGAUGGAGCUUUUGUGCAUCAAACAAUGGAUAAGUGGCCUUCUUCCAACCGCUAUUCUUUAAAAGCUGCUUUGAUGAUUAACUAUGACCCAGUUGGACCAUCUCUCUGUCUACCAUUGAUGGGUUCCCCGUUGAAGAAGAUCAUGCUAUGCAGUUCGGAGAAGGAGAUUUUCAGCGUGGAAGAACAAGUGAUGGUGCAACAUUCGGUGAUCAUAAACAACAUGAUCGAAGAUGGGUCGUACAACCAUGAAGAGAGCAAGAUUCCAUUGGAUUGCGUUGACUCCAAGACUCUCAAGAAGGUCAUCGAUUAUUGUACACACCACACUCACCACCAGAACGACAACCAAGAAGAUCUUGAGGCUUGGGAUGCUCAAUUUCUCAAUGUUGAUUCUAACGGCCUUUAUGAUUUGUUGAUGGCAGCAAAUUAUCUUGAGAUUAGAAAUCUCUUGGAUCUGAUAUACGGAACUAUAAAAAAUAUGAUAAAGGGAAAGAAAAUAGAUGAGAUACGCAGAAUCUUCAACAUCAAAGAUCAUGGCUUCACUCCUGAAGAGGAAGAACAAAAUCGCAAGGAGUACCCACAUUUUUAUUAGAACAAAUCUUGUCUACUCUUUAAUUUUAUUCUAUAUGAUGAUCAACACCUAGUAUUCAACAUGGGGAUGUAAGAAAGUGUUUUGGCUCUUUUGAUAUCGUACCAUUUUCUUUUCAAUUGUAUAUUUAGUUAAAGGGUCCAUCUAGUGUACAGAUGUAGUUUGGUACAGAUUUACAGAUUUUUGUUUUUAUUUGGUUGUUUAUUGAUUUAAAAGCGUGUCACUAAAAGUGUUACUUAAAGAGAAAGUGUUACCCUUAAUCGUUAA